AUGGAGCCGCCCGGUGCGAUGCUUAACGGCGAGGCCAUCGACCGCGGAACUAUGGCUUCCAGCCACGGCGACAUUGAGCUCAAGACCGCCGACGAAACUACUACCGUCGUGCGCACUGUCACGAAGCCUCAUGGGAUUCGGUUCGCCAACGACGAUGUCACACUGAGGCGACUGGGUAAACGACCACUGCUCACUCGCAGCUUUGGAUUCAUGUCCAUUCUUGGAUUGUCUUGCUCCGCGCUCUCCUCAUGGGAGGCAAUUCUCAACACUUCCGUCCCCGCUCUUCUCGAAGGCGGCCCAGGGGCUGUGGUCUGGUCCUUUAUCAUUGGUUGGAUCGGAACAAUUUCAGUCACAGCAACCCUGGGUGAGAUGUCAUCAAUGGCACCUACCGCCGGCGGACAGUACCAUUGGAUUGCCAUGCUCUGUCCUAAGCGAUACGUCAGCUUCCUAAGUUAUAUGGCAGCAUGGAUGACAGCACUCAAUUGGCAAGCUCUCUCUAUCGCCAGUGCCUAUGGAUCCGCGACAGUUCUCCAAGGCAUCAUCGUCCUCGCACGACCGUCGUAUGUGCCGAUGGCAUGGCAUACGAUUCUGAUCAUGUGGGGUUGGGCGCUGUUCGCCACCUCGAUCAACCUGACCACGGGCCGCCUGAUAGCAAGAUUCGAAGCAGUGACCCUCGUGCUCCACCUCGUAGGGUUUUUCGGCGUCCUGACACCAUUAGUCUACCUCGCGCCUCACAACAGUGCCGACUUCGUAUUCAACACCUUUUACAACAACGGAGGAUGGCCUAACAUGGGGUUAGCAUUCCUCGUAGGACUCCCUCCCGUCACGGCUUCACUCGUAGGGGCCGACUGUGCCGUACACAUGGCGGAGGAGAUACAAGCAGCCGCCAUCGUAGUGCCACGGUCGAUGAUGUAUACCAUUUACAUCAACGGUUCACUGGCGUUCGCCACGAUAGUCGCCCUUCUGUUCUGCAUCACAGAUCUAGACGCCGCGGUAGCGGCCCAGAAAACCAUGUUCUAUCCUUGGCUGCAGAUUUUCCAGUCUGGUGUCAACUCGACAACCGGCGCCUGCCUCAUGGCGGGUAUUGUCUUCGUACUGCAGGUGAUGAGUACUGUGGGCACGUACGCCUGUGCUUCGCGUUCCAUGUGGUCCUUCGCUCGAGAUAGGGGAAUGCCCGGCAGCAGAUACUUAGUGAGGAUAACGGGAAACAACCUACCGACAAACACGAUCAUCACCAGCAUGUUCAUUACCGUCAUCCUGUCUCUGAUUGUCCUGGCAUCAGAUGUUGCGCUGGCGGCCAUUGUCUCACUUUUCGUGGCAGCCACCUCCACCACAUAUCUCAUGUCAUGCACCCUACUCCUAUGGCGCCGCUGCACUGGCGGGAUCCGGCCAUACGAGCCGGGAUCCGGUGGCAUUCAUGGAGGUCCCGAAUGGGGGCCCUGGAGACUUCGCGAGCCUUUUGGAACCAUCAAUAAUGGGUUUGCUUGCGUAUGGAACCUCUUCCUGCUUUUCUGGUCAUUUUGGCCUCAGCAAAACCACCCAACCCUCGAUACUGUGAACUGGAGUGUUCUGGUUUUCGGCACUGUCGUCCUGGGUAGUUUGAUUUGGUACGCUUUGCGGGCAAGACAUUACUUUAAAGGACCUAUUAAAGAGGCCUGA